AGACGUGGGCGCCGCGGCCGGUCAGCCCAGGCUUCCUUUGCUCGCCUUGAAAUGGAAAACACGAACAGGCGAACGGCACCGAGUAGGCGAGGCUUUCUGUGCUGCAGCCCGGGAAGACCGUGCGCGGGUCAGGGUGUCUGCAGAGUGUCUGCGUGGCCCACCUCUCUGGGCCUGCUCUCGGCGCCGGGUCUGCGGCUGGACCUGGCCACCUGCUCCCGUGUGUCGGAUCUGUUGGCGGAGAGACGGUGGGGACUCGCCGCCGCCACCGCUGGAGGGCCAGAGCCGUCGGAGCCGGGCAUUCUGCGCCGUUGGCAGUCAGGGAGGGGCUCCUGGAAGCUUUAACUGGCUGAACCAGCUUCGUGUUAACGAUGAGACACGGUCCGUCCGCAGGCCUUUCUUGCUUUAUCUCAGGACCCUUGUAAAGAAAUUGAAGCAGAGGAACUGUGGGACCUGCCUGGUGUCGCACCCUGGUAGGAGUGACCUGCAGUUCGCAUGCAGACAGGCUCCCCACCACUGUCGCUAUCGCCUCCCUCUCCCUCGGUCCCCCAGAUUCUGGUUUUAGCAGUCGGGAAUGCUGGCCUAGCCCAAGUGAGCGCUGUCCCUCAUCUGCAGCGUUCUAAUGAGUAGUGGUGGUGUAUUGACCACGUCCUGUAACCUUGUGGAACCUCCUUCCUGCUGAAACACAGGGGUGUGGCGAACCUUCUUGUUUGAGAUGAAUGCAUAUUUAAGGAAUUCUUGGGCCCUUUUAAAAAAUACAUGAAUUUUAACCUUUGUUUUUACUAUGUAUAUGAUUCAUGUUCAUUGAAGAAAAUACAAAACAGCACAAAUAAAACAAGUCACCUGAAAUCCUGCUAUCCAGAGAUAAGCACUUGGAUAGUCUGGUGUAUAUUCUAUACUUCAUUAGAACAGCAGAAGAUGGAAUGAAGGUACUGCUAUACUAAGAAUAUUAAAAAUUUGACAAAUUCUGUGUACAGUGAGAUGUCUGUUGACCCAGAUGAGUUUGACUUCUUUCAGAUUGGGUUGGAUACAGAAAUAACAUUUUGCUUCAAAGAAUUGAAGGGAAUGCUGACAUUUUCAGAAGCUGUACAUGUUCCUAUAUCCAUUCAUUUUGAUUUUCCUGGAAAACCAAUGGCUUUAAGUAUUGAUGACAUGCUCCUGGAAGCUAACUUUAUUUUGGCUACCUUAGCUGAUGACCGGAGUCGGGCUUCUUCACCACAAUCACUGUGCCUUUCCCAGACACAAAAAAGGUCUGAUCUGAUCCAGUCAAAUACAAAGGCUGAUAAAAGUGGAACCAGCCAGGCCCCAGAGUGUAUCUCCAGAAAAACAGCACCCAAGAGGCUUUAUUCUAGGGAGUCUCCCACAAAUAACCCUGCAGGGGAAACCUGUGGCAACCCUCAAACAAAGAGAGCAAAUGGAGGCAACAUCUUUGAAGUACCCGAAAGCAGUCUCAGCGACACAGAUGAAGGGCCAGGCUCUCCAUACCUCAGGAAGUUUUCUUGCAUGUUCUUUGGAGCAGUUUCUUCUGACCAGCAAGAACACUCCAACCACCCUUUGGACAGUCUGGCAAUAGCAAGUGACAGUGAAGAGGAUGUGAUUAAUGGCAGUGUCUCAUUCUAGUGCUUAGUGAUGGCUGAGCUGAGUCUUCGUACCGAGUGUGCAAUAGAUAUGGAAAUGGACGAGGGGCCUCUGCUCUUCUGAACGGCAGCAUCGCACACAACAACCACGAGCUAGCUUGUCAAGUGUACACAUGUGCUUUAAACCCAUUAUGCCGCCUGCGAGCAGGGAGAGCCCCUUAGUUCUCCAGCUCAGUGCGCGCUCAUUCUAGUCUUUGUUUCCUGCCGGUUCUUCACGAUAAACCCUCAGAAGCUAACUGAAGUGCAUCAGGAUGUCUUGAGUUUUGUGACUAGUAGUCAGGUAUUUUAUAUUUGUAAACAUUUGGAAUUUGGUACUCUUAGAAACUGCAGAGUUAAUGUAGUCUUUUCUAAUGACAUCACUUUUGUUCAUUUUUAAAAAUUAUUAUUAUUUUUUUUCAGUG